AUGGCUACAAAAGUUGCGACCAAGGACGGCAAGAAGCAGCCGCCUUCGGCCGCUGUUAACCUCAUCGCCGGUGGUGGUGCAGGCAUGAUGGAGGCUCUCGUCUGCCACCCUCUCGACACAAUCAAGGUCCGCAUGCAGCUGUCCCGCCGCGGCCGGCAGCCGGGCCAGGCCAAGCGCGGCUUCAUCAAGACGGGCGUCGAGAUCGUGCGCAAGGAGACGCCCCUGGGCCUGUACAAGGGCCUCGGCGCCGUGCUGACGGGCAUCGUGCCCAAGAUGGCCAUCCGCUUCACCUCGUUCGAGUGGUACAAGCAGCUGCUGGCCGACCAGCACAGCGGCGCCAUCUCGGGCCAGGCCAUCUUCCUCGCCGGGCUGGCGGCCGGCGUGACCGAGGCCGUGGCCGUCGUGACGCCCAUGGAGGUCAUCAAGAUCCGCCUGCAGGCGCAGCACCACAGCAUGGCCGACCCGCUCGACGUGCCCAAGUACCGCAACGCCGCGCACGCGCUCUACACCGUCGUCAAGGAGGAGGGCUUCGGCGCGCUGUACCGCGGCGUCUCCCUCACGGCGCUGCGCCAGGGCAGCAACCAGGCCGUCAACUUCACGGCCUACACGUACUUCAAGGAGGCGCUGUACCGCUGGCAGCCCGAGUUCGAGGGCGCCACGCUGCCCGGCUACCAGACGACGCUGAUCGGGCUCGUGAGCGGCGCCAUGGGCCCGCUGAGCAACGCGCCCAUCGACACCAUCAAGACGAGGCUGCAGAAGGCGCCCGCCAUGCCCGGCACGAGCGCGUGGAAGAGGAUAACGGUCAUCGCGGGCGACAUGUUCAAGCAAGAAGGAUUCCACGCGUUCUACAAGGGCAUCACGCCCCGCAUCAUGCGUGUCGCCCCCGGCCAGGCCGUCACCUUCACCGUGUACGAGUUCCUCAAGAGCAAGCUCGAGAAGCGCGGCCCCUUUUCGCUGUCCGGCGGCGACUUUGAGGAGUGA